AUGACAGGAUUACCUGAGUUAACAAAAUGUUGGUCAUGGGUGAUGAAUAUUCCAGGAUGCAUCACAGAAAUUUCUCAAUCUAUAUUCAUUGGAAAGUUCGGUAACAUAGAUUUGUUCCUUCUCUCACUCGAGUUUGUUUCUCUCUCUCUCUCUCUUUCUCCGUCUGUCGCUGUCUAUCUCGUCCUCCUCUGUUUCGUAGCUUCUGCAGCAGAUCUCUCUUUGUCCUUCUCUCUCCCUCAGAUCACUAUGGCACAGCAGGAAGCUAGCCCUUCCCCUGGUGCUGAGGUCGUUGGUCGUGCCUUUGUGGAGCAAUACUAUCAUAUUCUUCACCAAUCUCCCGGUUUAGUUCAUCGGUUUUAUCAGGAUGCGAGCUUGUUAACCCGUCCUGAUGUUUCCGGUGUUGUGACUACUGUCACAACCAUGCAAGCGAUCAACGAUAAGAUUCUGUCGUUGAAGUACGAAGACUACACGGCUGAGAUCGAAACCGCGGAUGCUCAGGAGUCUCACGAGAGAGGCGUGAUCGUGCUGGUGACAGGACACUUAACCGGGAACGAUAACGUGAGGAAGAAGUUCAGUCAAACUUUCUUCUUGGCUCCACAAGACAAAGGGUACUUUGUCUUGAACGACAUCUUCCGAUUCCUCGAGGCGAAAGACUUGACGACGACACAAGCCCGCUCUGUCACCAUCAAUGGAACCACCAGGGAUGUUCAGGCUCCCGUUGAACCAGAACGUGUUAUCGUUAGUCACGAGGCGGAGAUAGAGCCGGAGCCAGUUGCUACGAUUGAGGAGGAGGAUCUUGACAAUGUGGCGGAGGUGUACGAUCCAUCUGAUAAAGAUGAUGGAGUUGUUGUUGACGUUGAGCCUAUGGAACCACCAACUCAAAUAAGUCAUAAUGAGAUUCUAUCUGUGCCUCAAGGAGAUGCUCCUAAGCAUUCCUACGCUUCAAUCCUCAAACUGAUGAAAAGCGGUCCAGCACCAACACAUGUUGCUCGGAACAAACCACGAGCAGCUCCGGUCAGUGCCAACCAGAAGCCGACUGCUCCUCCUGCUGAGCAUGCAGCAGCAAACGAGGCUUCGGGUGUUGAGCAUGUUCCAAACAGUAGCAAUGUUGAUGUGGACGAUGAUGGUCAUUCGAUUUACGUUCGGAAUUUGCCAUUUGACUCGACACCAACACAGCUUGAGGAGGUGUUCAAGAGCUUUGGUGCUAUCAAGCAUGAGGGUAUUCAAGUCAGAAGCAAUAAGCAAGGUUUCUGUUUCGGUUUUGUGGAAUUCGAAACAGCUAGCGGAAAGCAGAAUGCCCUCGAGGCCUCACCGGUUACAAUUGGGGAUCGUCAAGCUGUUCUAGAGGAGAAGAAAACAAACAGUCGAGGAGGCAAUAAUGGAGGUGGUAGGGGAAGGUACUUUUCAGGAAGAGGAAGCUUCCGAAAUGAAAGCUUCAAAGGAGGACGCGGUGGAGGAGGAGGGAGAGGAGGCUAUGGAAGAGGAGGAGGAGGAGGAGGUGAGUUUUCUGGUAGACCAAAGAGCUCAAACCCACGGAAUGGAGGAGAAGGUUACCAAAGAGUUCCUCAAAACGGAGGCGGUGGAAGAGGAGGUGGAGGAGGACGUGGUGGGGGUGGGCCUCGCGGUGGUGCUUCAUCUUGA